UUAUGAAUGGUAGUAAAGAUAAUUCUGCUCAUGGUGGUGGUCGUGGUGCUGGUGGUGGUGGUCGUGGUACUGGUAGCGGUGGUGGUCGUGGUCUUCGUGGUGGAAAAAGAAAGCAAGUUGCAGCAGGGAAACGCAUUGAUGGUGACAUUGUUAUCGAUCUCAGUCUUAAUAGAGAUGCUGGUAAUAUUGCUAAUGGGAAACGAAGAUUCGAAAUGUUGGAUCCAAAAAAUCCCAAUAAGAAGGUAGUUGUUGAUCCAAAUCAUGUAUGGAGCCAUGGGCGUUAUUUGAUGAUACGAAAUCCAGAUGGUAAAUCAAGUGCAUUUGAGAGGGCCGGAGCUGCUGGUAGCUCUAGCCAAGUGGGUGAGGGUGAUGAGAUCACUAUGAUACAAAAUACAGGAGGUAAAACAAUUGCAUAUAAGCGAGUCGGAGCUGGUAGUUCUAGCCAUGCGGGUGAGGGUGAUGAGAGGGCUGAUGUAAGUGGGAUGGCUGAUGCCACUAUGCCUCAUGUGUCACGGGAUAAUAUUGAUGAUGAUGUUUUCGGUGAGGAUUCCGGUGAUGGUCAAGAGAGUGACCAUGGUGACGGUGGCGAUAAUGAUGGUGUUGGCGACGAGGGUGUUGGCGACGAGGGUGUUGGCGACGAGGGUGUUGGCGACGAUGGUGUUGGCGACGAUGGUGUUGGCGACGAGAGGGAAUUCAUACAAUGUGACAAAAACGGUUUUACAAACAAUAAGGUCAGCAGAAGUGUGAAGGAUAUUCUUGAACAGUGUUAUGAUGGAGAUUGGGUCACAUUUAAAAAGGUCCCACAAAGCGCCAGGAUGCGAAUGUUUGAUCGCUUUCGGACCAAGUAUAGAUGGCGUGCACGAGCUGAGCAAGCCAUAUAUGAUACAUUUAUCGACGUGCUCAAAAGUCGAUUUAGAGUUAUCAUGAGAAAUUUGAGAGAAAAAUCUAAACAAAAAGCUAAGGAUGCAAGGCGUGAAGUACCGGUUAAAGGAUACGAUAUUGCUACCCUAUUAGCAUUUCCACCUGAUGGCUUUCCCCUUGAAAAAUGGCAAAGGAUGUGUGAGCACUGGAACACGGAGAAAUGGCAAAAAAAGUCGGAAGCCGGGAGAUCAAACCGCAAAAAUGACUUAUGCCUUCAUACAGGCGGGUCAAUACGAUUUGAUCAACACCGUGUCAACAUGGAUAAAGAAAAUGGUAAAUCAGUUGGAUAUCUGAAAGUGUUCUUACAGACCCACGCCACUAAGGAAUGCAAAAAGAUGUUAAAAGAUGGGGAGAUAACUGAAAAAGAUUAUGAUCAGUUAAAGUUUGUUACCGAGCAUGCAAAACGUUCAUAUGUAAGCUCUUUUUUAUCAUUUAUUUAUAAUUAUUCUGACACUUUUACGAGUUGA